ACAUAUAGUAAUAGAUCGAUCACAUUCAAGUUCCAAUCAUAACAUCAUUGUCUUACAAUGAAGCAUGUUUCAUCACUCACCUUCUCCUUCCUCAUCUUUGUUUUCAUCACAAACUUUUCACUAACUUUCUCAAUAAACUUUGUUGAACAAGUAUUGGACGUAAAUGGUAACCCCAUUUUCCCAGGUGGCAAAUACUACAUCUUGCCAGCAAUUCGUGGUCCCGCUGGUGGAGGACUAAGACUAGCAAAAACAGGUAACUCAGAAUGUGACGUUACUGUCUUACAAGACUACCAUGAAGUUAUAAACGGGGUACCAGUGAAAUUCAGUAUACCAGGAAUAGGUCCUGGUAUAAUCUUCAAUGGUACAUCGAUUGAGAUUGAGUUCACAAAGAGGCCAAACUGCGCCGAAUCUUCAAAAUGGUUGAUAUUUGUUGACGAUGUUAUUCAAAAAGCUUGUGUUGGUAUUGGUGGUCCUGAAAAUUAUCCUGAUUUUAAAACAUUGAGCGGCACUUUUAAUAUUGAGAAACAUGAAUCUGGAUUUGGUUAUAGGCUUGGAUAUUGUGUUAAAGAUUCUCCUACUUGUUUGGAUAUUGGGAGAUCAGAUGGUAAUGAGGAUGAAGGUGGAUCACGGUUGAAUUUGACUCAUCAAAUUGCUUAUGCGGUUGUGUUUGUAGAUGCUGAUUCUUAUGAAGCUGGAAUUAUUAAAUCUGUUGCUUGAUACCUUUGUUGUUAAUCUAAACUAGUAAUAUAGUCUCUUUGUUCUUAUUAUGAUGAAUAAGAAGUAUGAGCUUCAAUAAUGCAAGCACCUUAAUAAUUGCACUUUCUUUUUGGGUGUUGAAAAUGUAUUCCAUUUUCUGGUCUUACUUAUAUAUUUACUUCUUUUCUCAUA